AUGGGUAAUCAAGCGACACGUGCUGGCCAUGUAUCCGCGAAGAAGGCUGACGCUGUCACGCACACCGGCGACAGUGCAAAUAGCGUGAACAACCUCUCGAAGAGUUCCUCGGGGACCGAGUUGGAGAGCAACAUGCACAUGCAGUUCCUUCCGAUUGAAAGUCUGGCAAAGAUUUUAUCUCAUCUAACUAAUGAUGAGGAACGUAUAAAUGGAAUUACAGCAUCUGUGUUUCAACGCUACCUAUUCCCUAAUUACCCAGAGUUAGGUGAAAAAUUAUUCAAUCAUCUUCACCAUGCUGCCAAUGUUAGUACUUCAUAUCUGAGUGCCAAUUGUUUCAAACAACAAGCAGAAAAGUUCCUCUCAGUGAUGAAUGAUCAAGCGGUAUUGGAGAAUUACGUGAAGAUGUACUCAGAUAUAAAAGGAGAUGGAAAUAUAAAUCCAGAUGGAUUAAAAGCCUUAUUGAACAUUUCUUACAACAUUUUUAUGAAUAACAGCGGACUUUCUUCUUGUAUCUAUAAAGGUCAAAUAAUUGAUUCAGCUGUCUCGUCAUGUGUCAAUAAUGUAAAAUCUAUAUUACAGUUUCAUGGCAAAAAUGCUUUGUCUGUGAGUUAUGUGAGCAAUUGGAUUUGGCAGAAUUGUGCACGUGUAAUAUAUGGGCCUCAUCGUUAUAUAAUACACGUGCUAACAACUGCUUACAGAAAUGGUAACGCUCUCUUAUCUAAAGAACAGCCACAACCACAUCUGUUGAUACCAACACCUAUAUUGGAACAACCGGACUCCCCAUGUUUUCCUCAAGUUUUGUUACCAAUGAGCUAUGUGUGGUUAUUAUCGAGUACGUUACCCGAAUGUUAUCUUCAGGCAGAUAAUUCACCAAAAGAUAUUACUCAUGCACUCAUAGCUAAAAGAAUGGGCAAUGUGUGCCCUAGACAUUGGACAUUAUUGUAUAACAGUUCAGAACAUGGCACAGGAGCUAAUCGCUUUCUUCACCAUGUAUUAGGAUACCGAGGUCCCACUCUGUUAUUUAUACGGACUGUUAGUGCAAACGAAGAUACCUCACGUCCUAUAUAUUGUAUAUGUUCAGCGAUAGAAUGGCGUGAAAGUCAUUUAUAUUGGGGUGAUGAAGACACUUUGGGUAUUGAACUGUUUCCUUCGUACAGGAUUAUUGAAAAGGGAGCUAAAGUAUUAUAUUUGAAUACUAAUAUCAGAGGUUAUCCUCAUGGAUUACGCUUUGGAAGUAAUCCCCGCUCCCCAUAUAUUAAUAUAGAUGAAUCAUUCCAUUCAGUCAGUAUUGCAGGUGCACCUUAUCCAAUUUCUACCUUAGAAGUUUGGGGUUGUGGCGAUGCAAAAUUAAGGGAACGUCAAUUGGAAAUUAAAAAGUGGCAAGUGAAGGAAGCAGAAAAACAAAGAAUCGUUAAGUUAAGCGCUAGCGAUUGGCAAGAUCAUCCAGAUCGUUACUUACUUGAAUUAGCGGGUAGGGCAUCCUACAACGAAUCAAAUAAAUAG